GGAGAAAGACAGAGAGACCUAGAGAGAAACAGGGGAUCCCAUGGAGCUUGCCACAGCACCGCUGUUUUCUAUGUCUUCUUAUCCACGAUGCACUUUAGGAUUUCAAUAAGAUGCGUGUGUGUUUCCAGAUAAUCAGUUUCCUCUUCGCCGUAAACUUUUAUUGCCAGCCGCUCCGAGCUCAGGACCCCUCCUGCUGCCACCAUGCUGCCGAGCUCUCACCAUGUAGAGAAGCAUGUGACCAGCUCGCCACGAUAAAGAGUGAGUCUCGUUUGAAGCAUCUUCUCCAGAGGUUACCCAGUUACUGUCCAGAGUCUAUGAAUGAAUUGUGGAUCUGCAUCAACUCCACCCUUCCUGGAGUAUCCAGGAAGUCAGAUGGCUGGGUGGGUCUAGGCUGCUGUGAGCUGGCUAUCUCAGCUGAGUGUCGCAGGGAAUGCAAACAGGCAUCAUCCAAAAAUGAUAUUACAAAAAUAUGCAAAAAAGAUACAGAGAAACCCCUCUACAGCUGCAUAACCAAAAAUGAAAUGGGCUCUACGUGCUGCAGCUAUGCAGGGCGUCACACCACCUGCAGGGAGUACUGUCAGGCCAUCUUCAGGACCGACUCAUCGCCCACCGUCUCCCAGAUCAACGCCGUCAAAGAGUAUUGUCAGAGUCACAGCUCUCAGCUUAUCAGCUGUGUCAGCAACUACACCAAGUCCUACCCUAUCCGCAGCCCUAUAGACAGUUUGUACUGCUGUGACCGGGCAGAGGAUACCCACUGUCAGGUGGCCUGUCGGCGGAUCCUGCGUACCAUGACUACAGAGCAUGAGAUUAUGGAGGGUUUGAUCGAGGAGUGUGGCUCCCAGCCCCUCCCUCAGGACCCUCUGUGGCAGUGCUUUCUGGGCAGCGCCCACCCUCCUGCCAAGACUGACGUGGAGGCUUCCCCCCCUGCCAAGAUGGACUGUGCUAAACUGCACUGCUGCUCCAAGGCCAACACCUCACUCUGCAGGGACAUGUGUCAGGAGAUCAGCACUAACUGGGGCAUUCAGACGUGGCAGGAGUUUGACCAGCUCUGCGAAUACAACCCGGUGGAGACGGAGCUCAUCACCUGCCUGGCCGACGUCAGAGAGCCCUGCCAGCUUGGCUGCAAGGACCUCAGCUACUGCACCAACUUCAACAACAGGCCAACAGAGCUGUUUCGCAGCUGCAACGUCCAGUCAGACCAGGGGGCCAUGAACGACAUCAAACUGUGGUCCAACGGGACGAUCAAGAUGCCGUUCAUGAACAUCCCGGUCUUGGACAUCAGGAAGUGUCGGCCUGAGAUAUGGAAGGCAGUAGCCUGCUCCCUGCAAAUCAAACCCUGCCACAGCAAGUCUAGGGGGAGUGUCAUCUGCAAGUCAGAUUGUGUGGACAUCCUGACACAGUGUGGGGACAGGAAACGUUUCCAUGAAGGACAAACACCAGAGAGGAUCUGUGACAUGCUGUCACCCAUUGAUGACCCUGAGCGCUGCAUCCACCUCCACAAAUACCUCAUCCCCAGUUCCUUAGGUAACAGCAUCAUCGAGGAGGUGAUCCAUCCAUGUAACCCCAACCCCUGCCCUAGCAACCACGUGUGUCAGGUCAACAGGAAGGGUUGCCAUGACGAACUCAACUGCCAGCCCUACUUCUGUGUGCCAGGCUGUAAGCUGGGUGAGGCCUCAGAGUUUCUGGUGCAGCAGGACGCUCAUAUCCAGGUCCCGACUCGGACCGGUCCAGCUGGGUGUUAUGAGGUCUGUAGCUGUGGUCCCAGUGGACGUCUGGAGAACUGUGAGGACAUGCCCUGCGUGGACACCACCAAGUCCUGCAUUGUAGGAGGACAGAGGAAGAGCCAUGGGACGUCCUUCAGGGUGGACUGCCACACUUGUUCCUGCUUUGCCGGAGAAACCAUCUGCUCUACCAGACAAUGCCUCAGUGUAGACAGCUCCGAUGAGGACCGCCAACGCUUCACCGGUCUUCCCUGUGGUUGUCCGGACAGGUUUGUCCCGGUAUGUGCUGCUAAUGGGCGGACUUAUCCCAGCGCCUGUGUGGCUCGCUGCAUGGGUUUCCAGGACCACCAGUUUGUCUUUGGCCAUUGCCGCCUCAGUGACCCCUGCGCCACUAAACCAUGCCAGAGAAACCAGAGGUGUGUUGCAAAGCGCCGGGUGUGUCUGAGUGACUCGUCCGACUGCCUGCAGUACGAGUGUGUGGGCCGGCCGGCGGUCUGCGAUAAGAACAGCGUAGAGCCGGCCUGUGACACCGAUGGCGUGGUCCAUGCCAGCCUCUGCCAGCUGCAGCAGAGCGGGAAGACUCUGGCGUACAUGGGCCAGUGCCAGGAUGUGUGCAGGAGGCCACAGCCGGUUUGCGGUCAUAACGGUGAGACCUACAACACGGUGUGUGAGGCCUUCUCAGACCGGGUGGCCAUGGACUACGAGGGCCCCUGCCACGCCGUGGGAGCCGUGUCGGCCCUGGCCUCUGACUCAGCAUGCAGUUUGAUUCCCUGUCCACCUCUGUCCACCCCGGGGUGCGUCCCCGUCACCCCACCCGGGGCCUGUUGUCCUCUGUGUGCCAGCAUGCUGCAGAUCCUCUGGAACAAAGAGCAGAUGAACAUUUUUUCCAAGUUAAACAGGAACCAGCCGGUGACGGUCCAUGAUGUCCUGCAGAUCCUUCGGCUUCAUGUCUCAGUGCCACAGUGCGACGUCUUUGGUUACCUGAGCAUCGACCACGAGCUGGUUGUCCUCAUUGCUCCAGUGGAUCAGCAGCCAACACCACUGCAGAUCGAAGCCUGCAGUAAGGAGGCUGAGAAGAUCGAUUCCCUCAUCAACUAUGCCAGUCCAACGCUUGUCUCCCACGUUCCCCUCUCCGCUUUCCUCACCUCCGAGACCAAGACCUCCACCAUUCGCUCGUCCGGGCCUGCUCCCCCCUCGCCUCUUCCUCUGGGUCUGUGCCUCCUCCUGGCGCUCCUCCUCUCCGCAGCCUCGGUCCUCCACUAGGCCUGCUGCUUCUGCGCCUGCCUGCCUCCCCUCCACAAACUCUGGGGUAUGAAAGCAUGGAUGGUGUGGGACAUCAUGAGGAGAGCGGUGGGUCCUGGCCACGGUUUGGGUUGGGGCAGCUCGUCGAUUGAGCAGGAGACAGCAAGAGAAACCUUGACAUGACAAUCAUUCCUAUUGACUGUGACUCACCUGCGUUUCAAACAAUCAAGGUGGUGGAAAAGCUAUUAUUAUGAAAAGCUGUUGUGUGAAUGGUGUUAUUGAGUGAGUGAGAGUUAGUCACUGGGUUUGCCUCCAGUGAAGUGUGUGUGUGUGUGUGUGUGUGUGUGUGUGCAUGUGCGUGUGUGUGACCUUUAGGAAACAAUUGACUUCGUACCAGCAGUGUUUAUCCAUUAAUCCCAGCAGCAGCCUCUCCCUGUAAGCUGUUAUGUGGGAAUGUAACUUUCAUUACUCGCUUUGUCUCGCUCUGUGGCUUUGUGAGUGUGUGAGUGACUGUGUGCGUGUGUGUGUGUGUGUGUGUGUGUGUGUGUGUGUGUGUGUUUGUGUGUGUCGGCUUGCAUUUCUGAGACAGACAAGGACGAAGUAUUGCAGAUGUCUACCAGCACAUCUGCCUAACACAUAAGCCUUAUUCUCCUGCCCACACACACACACACACACACAAACACACACACACACACACUGAUUGGUAAUUCUAAAUUCAAACUUUUGUAUUCAAUGAUGAAUUUUGAUCAACAUUAUAUGUUUAAGUGACAGUUUUAACAUUAUGAUAAGUUAGAGAGCACAAUCUGUACCACAGUGCAUUAUGUACAUAAAGGUGGGCUUUAUUUGAAGCUAGAGUCUGAACCUCUAACCUCAGCAGUGUUAGAGCCGUGCUCGUGGACUGAGCCGGCUCACAUGAACUUAAUCCAUUCCCCAGUCAGCUGUCGCCACCGACCAAAUAAAGUGUCCUUUAAAGUCAGACAUGGUCAACUCCAGACUACAGAGGCAUAAUGCAUUCACUGAAGGAAAAAAAAUCUGCCAUUUUGUUUGCUCUUUUUCAGAGGUAAUGACAUAACUCAUAUCUCAGACUCAGAGGUCUGAGAAAAGUUUUCACUGAAAAAUCUGCCCUUGUUUUCUAAAUUAAUGAGAGAAUUAUCUUAGAAUUCUGGGGAAACUUUUCAGCUCUGCUUUCCUGAAUUAGAUAUUUUUCUCAGAAUUCAGACAAUCAUCUCAAUUUCAGAGAAACAGGGAAGAAUUUUUUCGAUUCAAGUUUUCUCUCGGAAUUAUGAGAUUAUUAUGUUGUUAAUUCAGGAAAACAGGCAGACGGGCAGAUUUUUUUGUUUCUCAAGAGAAAGCAAUGCGUCUCUGUACCAAACAGCCUGGAUCACGGCGGCGUCCAGGUGACGCUUCAUGUUUGGUUUCACACGUGACUGAAGCAGCUCAGAGUUGGAGCGCUAAUCGAGGAUGUGACCGACGUUCAGGCCAUUUCUCAGUUCUACCUGAUAACAUGGACAUGACCCACCCAGCAGUAACCCUGGUAAUGCUGAACAGGACGCAGUGUUCCUAAUGCAUCACAAGCACAGUUAGAAGCAAGAUGAUAAUUAUAAUCAGAGCUGAAUGUUGUCAACAGAAGUGGAGAGGUCGGAUUUCUGAAUGGGCCAAAUAUAAAGCUGAAGGUAGUUUUCUAAUAUUUGUUAGAUUAUUAUAUUGUUAGAAAACUUAAAGGGCUAGUUGUGUGAAAAAAAAACUGCUAUUAUUUCACUUCUUUCCCAGCUGUUG